AUGGUGCGUCACCGGGGGCAUUCAAAUGCUUCAUCGGCUUCUACUCUGCCAGACCGGAACCAGGAACUGGAAAGCAUGUACGAUUAUCUAGCAAAGGUCAUUCUUUUGGGACCUAGUGGUGCCGGAAAGCUGUCCAGAGCUGGGAUAGCCAGCUCGCUAAUACACCUUGCGCCUGUAGGGAGAGUGCUAUCGUCGCAAACAAUCGGAGUCGAGUUCUCAUCUAGAAUUGUGAAGCUGGGCACCGGGCCCCGACGGACAAGAAUUAAAUUGCAACUAUGGGAUACGGCAGGGACGGAGAGGUUUCGAUCGGUGUCGAGGUCGUACUAUCGCGGAGCUGCAGGUGCUAUUCUCAUUUAUGAUGUUGCAUCCUACGCAUCGUUCAACUCCCUUCCGACCUUUCUGAUGGAUGCGCGGGCCCUUACAUCUCCCUACCUUACUGUCAUUCUCGCGGGGAACAAAACAGACCUCACGCAAGACGACUACCAUGAGGAUGGCAUGCGCCGCCCCAUCACCCCCUCCAGCACUUCAAGCCCGCAAUCUUCACUCCCGUAUGACUCCACGGCUGGCUCGUUUCGUUCGAGCAAUUUUGGUACUGCAACCAGAAUGACGGCCACGUAUGCCUCGCAUGGUCGCGAAGUCAGUAUGGAAGAAGCUUCGCAAUGGGCUGCCAGGUCUAAUAUACCCGCCGUUGUCGAGGUCUCAGCUCUCACGGGGGACGGUGUGGAAGAGCUCUUCCAGCGAUUAGCGCGCAUCAUCCUCACCAAGAUUGAACUCGGUGAAAUCGAUCCCGAUGACCCACAAAGCGGUAUUCAGUACGGGGACGGCAGUCCCUAUGGUCACGGCACGAGCGAUGCUUCAAGCAUCAAAAGCCAAAUGACUAUCGAAGACAAUGCCGUACAGCUUCAUAGAAGGAAUACAAGACGACGAGGCGGCAGUAACUGGAGGGCAAGCAUGAACGAGUGGGAAGAUGUUUUCCGUGCUGUUGCUGAUGCCCCUGCCUACUUCAGUCUCUACAGCGAUAUACUGGCUGUUACUCGCCCCGCCUCUGUUUCUCGUUUCCACACACCAUACUUUUGA